CUAAAUUAUAAUAAUAGGACUAGUUUAAUUUUAACUUUUAGAUAUUGUUUGAUUGUUAAUUUGUUAUAAAUAUUUUACAGACUGUCCUUGUUACUAUUCAGUUACAGAAUUUAUUAGGAAAAAACUUGACUUUAUCUAUGCUGUCUCACAUUUAUUAAAAUUGUUAAUGUCAAAAAGUUAGUACCAUCAAAGUUAUUUUGGUUUACGAGUGAGAUUAUAAAUAAAAAAUUUUUUUGAUACUAAGUUUGUUCUGGAAUUUUACUAAAUCAUCGAAUCCGAAAAGGAUACGUGUGGGACGGUAUUCAAGAAAAAAGAGUAAACUAGAACAAUUAAAGAACAUUAAUAUAGUGAAUUUGCUCAAGUUUUCACAUACCGGCCGGUAAGAUUAAUAAGUAGACAAUGUCUAUUCAAUGGACAUGUAUUGCUGGCUUCCUUUACUUCGAAGUGGCUGUCGUCAUCAUCAUGAUGCUACCUAUAUUUAGUCCUAGAAGAUGGAAUCAGUUCUUCAAGUCAAGAUUAUUUUUUAUGGUGCAACAUCAUGCUGGGGCUUACUUCUACGUGUUGUUAGGUGUUUUAGUUCUAUUCCUGAUUGAUGCCAUAAGAGAAAUGAAGAAGUACGCUGGAGAUGCUGGUGCUCAUAUCCAUUUGGCCACUGAAUUAAAAGGCAGUGUAAAAUUGUUUAGGGCACAGAGAAACUUUUACAUAACAGGCUUUGCUAUUUUCCUAGCCUUUGUUAUUCGUAGGCUAGUCAACAUGCUAAUAAUUCAGGAUGAACUGACUAAGAAGGCUGAGAAGAUUAUAAAGGAGGCUGAAGCUACAGUGAAGCUUGCAAAGAGUACAGUAAUGGCUUCAAAACCUGAUGACACAAUUCAAAAUGAAACUGAAGAACUCAAAUCUAAACUGGAACAGGCCCAGGAUGCAUUGAAUGCAGAGAAAAGUAGAGUCAAAGAGUUGGAAGAACAUGUUAGCAUGUGGAAGUUACGAUAUGAACAAGCUGUUCGCUCAAAGGAACAGGCAGCAAGCGGAGAUCAAUGAGUAUUGCAACAUAUUUAAUGAUGCAUACAUUAUUACAGUAUCUUGAGUAGCUUAUCAAAUAAUUCUCUUCAAUAAUGUUUUAUCUUAUAAGCAAAAGUUGAAAAUAUGUAGUAACAAUAACAGUUCUGGGUUUCUAGUAUGUAAAUUCAAAUUUCAUAGAAAAAUUACUGUGAUUGUUUAAAAUCUGGUGCAUUUGGUUUUUCUGAUUGAAAGUAAUAAUUAUAAUAGAAUUUAUAAAUACUAUUGAAUGCUGAACAUUUCAUCUCUUUUAACCUGUUUACUGAGAGUUAUUAGCAAAUAAUGGCCAUGAUUAAAUGCAAAAACAGUAUCAAUGCUAAAUUUUCCUAAUUGGAGUAUCUAGUCUUGUACAUAACUAAAAAAAAUGUAUAUUUGUAACUAAUUAGUCACUUUCCAAAAAAUUUUGCUUACAAACUAUGUGUCUGUUUCACUAUGUUUCUCUUAGACUAAUGGAUAAUUUGACUUAUUUUUCAUGUGUUUAAAUAAAAGCUAGUGCCAGUUAGGCUAAGGAAAACUUUAUCAGUCAUUGUGAAACGGACCCCAAAUAAUUUGUGUAAUGUGAUAUUCAAGGAUAAAUAAAAAAUAUUUAUUGUUACUAAAUUAUGUACUUAAUAUGUAUAUUAAACUUGAAUAACUGUAUGUAUUGUUUAUAAAAGUCAAUAAAAUAAUAGUGUUCAUUACUACAUAAGUGCAAAUAUUCUCGAACUAAGGUCUCAAAAAGUUUUGUUAUUCAUCAUGAGAUUUUUUAGCCAUAUUAUUGUUAAAUUAGGUAUGGAAACAAAUAAUAAUGCUAUGCUUUUAACUGCUUUUACAUUAUGAGAACAAUAUAACUAUUUCAAUAUUUUUAUACUAAUAAAUUAAUUACAGAAUA